UCUUAUUAAAAUCUCUCGAGUUACAUAUGUAUACAUGUAUUUUAUUAAAAUUUAGACGAAUAAACGAAAGCACAACAAGAGCGGGCCUUCUUCUCUGCGGUCGAAUUUUGAAUAAAUUCCUACGGAGGACGAGAAGUUCCUCGUUUCAUUGUACAUGUAUACGUGCUUUUGUGUAUGCAUAUAUGUGUGUCUCUGUAUAUGUGUAUGUGUGUGUGUGUGUGUGUGUAUGUAAACAAAAUGAGAACAAGCUAGGAUAUUUCGACAGGAUUGAUCUUAACUAAUCUUUGCGUUUAAAAAGAAAACAAUGAUUAACCUCUCUCGUUUACAUCUCCUAUUAAAAACUAUAACUGUGUACUUUCGUAAAUAAUAUUUUCGAAAAUCGUCGAAGGAUAAAAUCGAUUGAAUCAAAAGUUCGAUGAAUUAUAAUGACGAUUCAGAUAAUUAGAAUUAUCUGAAACCGUAAGAAGAAAAGAAAAAAAAAAAAGAAAAAUUAUUUAAAUCAAUAUGUUCGAUUGAAAUCGAGAAAGUAAAAUGUGAAACGAAUUAACGAAUGAAUGAACGAAUGAACGAAUGACCGAAUGUCGUUUGUUCGACAUUAAAAGCUUCUCAAAUUCGUUCGGCGACGACAGCGGUGGUGAUGGUGGUGGUAGUAGUGGUAGUGGUGGUGGUGGUGGUGGAGGUAGUAGUAGCGGCGGCGGUUUACGAGAACAAUCGGCGCUUGACGCGUGUUCGAAAACUACAAAAGCCGAACUAAUUAAAAGGGAAUCAGUCAUGGUAACACAGGUAACGCCAACUGAAAAUUCAGAUCGAGUUGGACUCAUCAUCGCUCAGUAGUAGUCCGCGUCGACUGGGCCGGCCAAUGAUGACGCGUCGCCCUGGACAACGCCACCAUGGCGACGCAAAUCAAAUAUUAAUCGCGCAAUUAGCGCCGAUUGUACUUUAAUCGGUGUAGCUUCUUUUUUUUUUCUCUCUCUCUCUCUCUUUCUCCCUCGUUCUGACUACGUUUCAAUACUCAUUCCUCCUCCUCUUCCAUUUUCUUUAUUCCUAUAUAUAUAUAUAUAUAUAUAUAUAAACUAACUAAUCAAGCUUUUCUUCGAGCCGGAAGCAUGCAAAUGUUCGACGAGGACAUCAUCGUCGACAACGAACGCAUCUAACGAAAUAUUCUACUCGAUAUGACAUAUGCUACGUAAUACUGCGUAAUAUCUAUUUACUGUAGGUAAUGGGAAGCAGGGCCGUUGCUGUGGGGGCGGUAGCAGGUGCCGCUGGGGUUUCCGGUGAAGCUGGUUUGGCCGGUGUACCUAGACUUUUGGAAGAUUUAGCAAGACUAUCUGAGGACAAAGACACCGCCGACAUCGUAUUCCUUUUGGGAAGGGACGAGACACCAGUUUAUGCUCACAGAAUCAUUCUACAAGCGAGGUGCAAGAACUUUACAGCCGCAAAAAGGAUCGGCACGCCUGGUAACCCAACACCCGUAAGGAUGCCACACGCUCAUCCAGAAACCUUCAGGCAGUUCAUUCAUUACAUUUACACUGGCAAAAUCAUGCUACAAGACAGCGGUAUAUUCGAGAUGUUGGGUCUUGCUCAAGAACUUGGUGUCGAAGAACUUUGGAGAAGUUGCGAGGAACACGUAUCGGCCACUCUAAGCCCUGGAAAUGCGUGUGCCCUUUUGACCGCAGCAUUGGAUGCUCAAGAACGUGUACCAGGUGGCAAAGGUGCUUGUUCAUCCUUUAUCGAGAGAUGUUUUGCAUUUAUCGGAGAAAAUGCAGUGGACACUGUCAAAACUACAGCUUUUUGCAAUCUACCAAAAGAUGCCCUUGUCAAAUUGAUAUCUUCCGAUUAUCUUGGGUUAGAGGAGGAAGACGUAUGGAGAGCGGUGUUGAACUGGGCCAAGUAUCAGGCAGGGGUGACGCAGCCUACGCAACAUUGGACCGAAGAGGAACGAGUGAGGGUCUGCCAACAUUUGUCAGGAGUGAUAAAUCACGUUCGUCUACUACUCAUCGAUAGCCAGGUCUUUGCGGAAGAGGUAGAGCCAACUGGAGCUGUACCGAUAGAACUAUCUUUGGAAAGAUAUAGAUAUGCGGCACUACCAAGCAAAUAUGCGGAGAUUUGUUCGGAUAAGAGAUUACAACCAAGAGUAAGUCCCUUUCUAUUCCCUGGAUCCCAAAUACUAUCAAGAGACAAAAUGGGUUAUCAACGAUUAUUGAAUCAAUGGUAUGGUGCACCAAAACAAAGUUGGCGUUUGGUUUAUAGAGCUUCUAGUCAUGGAUAUUCUGCAGCAUCUUUUCAUCGUCAUUGCGACGGUGUCUCACCAACAUACGUAAUAGCAUUAGGUACGCGUGGAGAAAUAUGUGGUGGAUUUAGUGAUGCACCAUGGGGCAAAACUAAUGCUAAAGGACAUUAUAUUUCUUCUGAAAAAGCUUUCCUUUUUACUUUAACUAAUAAUCAAGAUGUACCUCCGACCAAAUAUGAAAUCGUUAAGAAACCCUUUGCUAUUUGCUAUCAUCCUGACAUAGGACCUAUAUUCGGUGCUGGUGCAGAUCUAUUAAUAUCUAGUAACUGUAACGUAAAUAUGGAAAGUUACAGUAAUCUUCCUCAUAGUUACGAUGGUGAACAUGCUUCUAAUACGGAUGAAAAAAUUGACUAUUCAAAUAUCUCGCGAACGAACCAACGAACGAACCAACGAACGAACAAAUGGACGAGCAACGGUAAAUUAAGGAAAAUUAAAUUUUCAUAAAUAAAACUGACCAAUCAGCGUCUUAAGACGAAGCAAUGUGAUUGGACGGGCGAUCCUUGAUUAUCGAAUUAAUUUUCUACAACCAAUCAUGCGAACGUAUAAAAUUAAAAUUGGAGAGAUUAAUUUGUCCAAAAUUUUUCCUUCAUAUAUAUAAAAUAUAUAAAAUAA